AUGUUCCCUGGAGCGUUUGGCUCACAGGAAUCAUCUUCUCGCAGAAAUCACCCUGAUCUAUCAGAAUUUCCUGCCACAGAGCCCGAAGUUGGGUCCCUGUCUUCAUUGGUCGAAUCAGUUGAAUCGCCAGACUUUUCACAGAGUCUUCCCAGCUCUGCCGCUACGUGGUCUGAUCAGAGUCAUAUCUCUAUAGACAAUUCGCAAUCAACACAAGAGUUUGGACUGUCGGUACCCCCUCAGCACUCCACAUCCACGCUGAAUUCCAGCCCGAAUCAGCCUCGCAAGCAGGUUGUCUUGAAUGACCAACAUAGACCAAUUACCCGGUCCUCUCUUGAGAGCCAGGGCCCUGCUGAAGGGCAGCUUACCUUGAACAAUACCCCCAGCCUUGGCAUCUCAUCCUACUCCAUGUCAGUAGUAUCGGACGCCUAUUUUGCUGGCCCAAUGCAGCAUCCUCACCACCAUGCUUGGGCAAAUCGCCCGUAUCAGUCUUUGCAAGUGCCACAUGAACACAUGAACCCGCCGUUUGCAUCUUCGCAAUCGUCCUACUCUUCACCGGGCUACCCAGUUGGCUACCCUAGUCAUUCAAGCGCUCCGCUACCUAGUUAUCCCCAGCAAGUACCGGUGUCUUAUCUUACAGCAUCUGGUAGUGCUGCUCGUCAGAGCCAACCUCGAAGUCCCCCUAUGUCACGUCCUUUCCAGUCUACAUCUGCCUCAAAUACGCCUCUCUUGUCCCAGGAGCCUCUCAUGACUACCCCGCCUUUUAUGAUGAACCAACCGGCCUACUAUCUUGCUGAGCCACCAUCAAUCCCAUCCCAGCCCGCAUCUACCAACUCUCAACCACCACCAAUGGUCUCCCCAGAACCAAUAUACUCUCCAUCCAAUUCAGCAGCAACAUCAGAUUCAGAUCCAGUCCGAGUAGUCAGUUCACGGCCGCGGCCACAAUGCUGGGAUCAUGGCUGCAACGGUCGCGAGUUCUCAACGUUCAGUAACCUCCUCCGUCACCAGCGAGAAAAGUCAGGCGUUGUCGCCAAAGCCGAGUGCCCAAUCUGCGGUGCGGUGUUUACACGGACGACUGCACGAAAUAUCCAUGUUGCGCAGGGGAAGUGCAAAGCUUCAGGCAGGGAAUCCUCGACGGAAUAG